GAUGGGGUUGUAGUGGGAGUUAUAGGUGUGGAAGGUGAGAUGGAAAGAGAAGAAAAAAAUCUUUCACACACUAUGGAGAUUCAAAGAUGUGAUGAUGAGGCUAUACGAGAUGAGGGUGCAUCUAGAUUUAGAUAUGUUACCUAUGAAGAGUUUGAUAGCUUGAGUAGGUCUGUGGACACUCUCACUACUAGUGUGGCAGGUUUGCACACUAAGCUUGAUGACAUGAUGGCAUUUAUGAAUUCAAUAUUAGGGACUCCACCUCCUUCUCCACCACCACCUUCUGAUAUUGUAUAUCGUCUAGAUAAUCCAGUUGAUGACACAUUCAUGGAAUUCUAG